AUGAAGUACCACACUGCUCAGAUCUUGGCUCUUACCAGCAUCGUCUCCGCUCUUCCUCACCCUCAACGCUAUGGCGGCGGCUCAGGUGUUCAGCCAUCUGCCCCAUUGACAACUGCUCCUGCUAGCAGCGGCCCUACCUACGACGACCUGCCAGGCUCUGGUUCCACUCCCCCUGCUGGAGGCCGUCCCGGAGGCUCUGGUCCCGCUCCUCCCACUGGAGGUCGCCCAGGUGGCUCCACUCCUACUCCUCCUUCCGGCGGUGCUUCCUACGGUGGAGGUGCUGCUCCUCCGGCUGGUGGUGCUGGAGGCUACGGCACCGGUAGCGGUUGGGGACUUGGACUUCCUCUCCUCGGCGGAGGUGCCAAGGGCGGCAUUGGUGGCCUAGUUGGCGGUGGUGCUAACGGAGGUGCUGGCCUCGGCGGACUCGUUGGCGGAGGUGCUGGCCUUGGUGGCCUAGUUGGCGGUGGUGCUAACGGAGGUGCUGGCCUUGGUGGCCUCGUUGGUGGAGGUGCCUACGGAGGCGCCCAUGGAGGUGCUGGUGCUGGUGCUGGCCUUGGUGGAUUGGUCGGCGGCGCUGGCAAUGCUGGUGCUGGCCUCGGUGGACUCCUCACCUACAGCAAGACUGGCUAUGGCGGUGCCAACGCAGGUGUCGGUGGUAGUGCUGGUGCUGGCCUCGGCGGUCUGGUCGGCGGCAUUAUCGGCGGAGCCAAGGGCGGAGCCAGCGCAGGUCUCGGUGGGCUAGCUGGUAUCAUCGGAGGCGCCAAGGGCGGAAUUGGUGCUGGUGGCUAUGGCGGAGCUGGUGCCGGCGUUGGUGGCUCCGUUGGCGGAGGUGCUGGCGUUGGCGGUUCCGUCGGUGGAGGAGCUGGCGUUGGCGGCGGUGCCCACGGCGGAGUUGGUGCUGGUGUUGGUGGCUCCGUUGGCGGCGGUGCUGGUGUCGGUGGUGGUGCUAAGGGAGGUGUUGGUGCUGGUGUCGGCGGUGGUGCCGGUGCUGGUGUUGGCGGCUCCGUUGGCGGUGGUAUUGGCGGUUCCGUCGGUGGUGGUGCUGGCGUCGGCGGUGGUGCUAAGGGAGGUGUUGGCGCUGGUGUCGGCGGUGGUGCCGGUGCUGGUGUUGGCGGCUCCGUUGGUGGAGGUGCUGGUGCUGGUGUUGGUGGCUCCGUUGGCGGUGGUGCCGGUGUCGGUGGUGGUGCCCACGGCGGAGUUGGUGCUGGUGUUGGUGGCUCCGUUGGCGGUGGUGCUGGCGUCGGCGGUGGUGCUAAGGGAGGUGUUGGCGCUGGUGUCGGCGGUGGUGCCGGUGCUG